AUGACCCCAGUCAAUGCGCUGACGCACUCAUCCCGUUUACGCCGAUAUGCCACAGCUGAUCAGCAUGAGCUCUUCAAAGGCGAGUUUGUACCACGACCCCUCACAUACACCGUGGAGGGCCAAAAGUUUACUCUAGCCGGGUCUACAGUCCCUGUGCCAGGACAG